AAACAUCGGACACCAUUAUAUGUUUUUAUAAAUAUUUUUGUUAUUUUGUCAGUUUAAAUCUUUUGAAAAGGAUUUUUUUAAGAUAUCCGAAGAAAUACAAAACAAUGAGUGAUAAAAACGAUAAGAAAGAUAAAAAGCAAAACGAAAUUGAAAAUGCUGCAUCAAAAAGCUCAGAUGAUGAGUCGGCAAGCGGUACUUCGAAGCCUAUGGGAAUGCAAGGAGAUGACCCUGUAGAACAAAUACGAAGGUAUCUAGCAAAAAAAUUAGGAUUUAUCGACGAUGAAGAAGACAAAGAACCGGUUCAACAAAAGAUUUUACAAGAUGUAUCCUUGGAUGGUAUUGCAAGUUAUAUAAAAAGUGAAAAAUGUAAAAAUAUCAUAACAUUAGCAGGAGCUGGUUUAUCAACGGCUGCUGGAAUACCCGAUUUUCGUUCACCCGGUUCCGGUUUAUAUGAUAAUUUACAAAAGUAUAAUCUACCACACCCACAAGCUGUUUUUGAAAUCGAUUAUUUUGAACGAAAUCCAAAACCAUUUUUUGUAUUGGCUAAAGAUUUAUACCCGGGUGAAUUCAAACCAACAUUAGGUCAUUAUUUCAUACGAUUACUAAAUGAGAAAGGUUUACUUUUACGUCAUUACACACAAAAUAUCGAUACCUUAGAACGAGUUGCUAAAAUACCUGAAGAGAAGUUAGUUGAAGCACAUGGUACCUUUAACACGGGUCAUUGUCGAAGUUGUAACGAAUCAUAUACUCAAGAAUGGAUGAGAGAUAUUAUAUUUCGGGAUGAAAUACCUAAAUGUACCGUCUGCGAUGGAAUUGUUAAACCUGAUAUUGUUUUCUUUGGUGAAAAUUUACCAGAUAAAUUUUACACAUGUUUAAAUACAGAUUUUAGAAAAUGUGAUUUAUUAAUAGUGCUUGGAUCGUCGUUAGUGGUGCAACCUUUUGCUUCGUUAAUCGAUAGGGUACCCUCAUCAUGUCCACGUUUACUAGUAAAUCGCGAAAAAGCAGGACAACGAGAUAAAAUUAUGAAGUUAUUAAAUAUUGGUGGCGGUUUGGAUUUUGAUAGUGAAGAAAAUACAAGAGAUGUUGCUUAUCUUGGUGACUGUGAUACAGGCUGUGAGCUUUUGGCUGAGAAACUUGGAUGGAAAGAUGAAUUGAAAUCAAUGGUUGAAGCGGAACAUAAAUUAAUUGAUGAAAACCAAAAAAGUCGUAGUCCAUCUAAGGAAUAAAUAGGAUUGUAAUAAAUUAAAUAAACUUAAAAAAUAUACAAGUUAAAAA